GAGAUGCAGCGGAGUAGUACUCCGGUUUGCAAGAGGUGCAGGUGGCUUUUGGAUGACAAGCAGGCAACAUUCAAUUUCACAUUGUGGGGACUUAUUAAACUUCUCUACCGAUCGUGUCAGUUAUUCAGUAUGGUCACUUUACAUAGGUUAUUACGUCUAUAGUGAUUUAACGGGACAAGAUCACACACGCAUAACUGGAGUAAUGCAAAUGAUCAGAUUUCAAGGAAAACGAAUCGCUUCCGCCUCUUGCGGUGUGAAUAUCCCUGAGUUACCGGGUACGUGGGGCGCUUGUUCACAACGUUAUUUUUCCUUGUGAAGAUGGCGGCUCCUGUUGUAGCCAGCCGGGCUGGAUCCACCAACAGCGUCGGGAACAGCCCCACUGCAACACCCAACAACCCAAAUAAUAAUAACAAAAUAAUACCCAGCUACCCAGAACUUGAUUUCAGGUCCGGUGCAAGGAUUGAGGAAUUGAACAAGCUUAUCCAGGAAUUCAGCAAACACGAUCAACGCGAAUAUGACGACCAGAGAGCCUUGGAAAUUCACACCGCGAAGGACUUCAUCUUCUCUAUGCUUGGGAUGGUGCAGAAGCUGGACCAGAAGCUGCCGGUUGCGAACGAGUACCUCCUCCUCUCGGGCGGCGUGAGGGAAGGCGUGGUGGACAUGGACCUGGAUGACCUCAACGUCUACGCCCGGGGAACGGACUUUGACCUGGACUUCACCUUGCUGGUGCCCGCGCUCAAACUGCACGACCGCAACCAGCCAGUGACCCUGGACAUGCGUCACUCUGCGCUCUGCCACUCCUGGCUGAGCCUGCGGCUCUUCGACGAGGGCACCAUCAGCAAGUGGAAGGACUGCUGCACGGUGGUGGACCACAUCAACGGCGCCACCAACUACUUCUUCUCACCCACACUGGUGGCGGACUGGUUCUACGAGGCCAUCGGCGUGGUGCUGCAGGAGGUGCAGAAGAAGCCCCAGCGGGGGAUGCCCAAGGUGGAGAAGGUGGAGAAGAACGGCACCAUCAUCUCGGUCAUCCUGGGCGUGGGGAGCAGUCGGAUGCUGUACGACAUCGUCCCCGUGGUGUCCUUCAAGGGCUGGCCGGCGGUGGCCCAGAGCUGGCUGAUGGAGAACCACUUCUGGGACGGGAAGAUCACGGAGGAGGAGGUGAUCUCCGGCUUCUACCUGCUCCCCGCCUGCUCCUGCAGCGGCCUGAAGGAGAACGAGUGGCGGCUGUCGUUCGCCCGGAGCGAGGUGCAGCUGAAGAAGUGCAUCUCGGCCAGCCUGAUGCAGGCCUACCAGGCGUGCAAGGCCCUAAUCAUCAAACUGCUGUCCCGGCCCAAGGCCAUCAGCCCCUACCACCUGCGCAGCAUGAUGCUGUGGUCAUGUGACCGGCUUCCAGCCAAUUACCUGUCCCAGGACGACUUCUCCGCUCACUUCCUGCUCGGCCUUAUCGACGACCUGCAGCACUGCCUGGUCAACAAGAUGUGUCCCAACUACUUCAUCCCGCAGUGCAACAUGCUGGAGCACCUGUCGGAGGAGACGGCCAUGCUUCACGCCCGCAAGCUGUCCUCAGUGCGCUCCGACCCGGCCGAGCACCUCCGCACGGCCAUCGAGCACGCCAAGGCCUCCAACCGGCUGACCUUCGACCUGCAGCGGCGCGGGAGCGUGGCCAGCCUGCCCUCGCCCCAGUCCGACCAGGGGGACCCGCAGCCGGACGACCGGCUCGCCAAGAAGCUGCAGCAGCUGGUGACGGAGAACCCGGGGAAGUCCAUCUCGGUGUUCAUCAACCCUGACGACGUCACGCGGCCGCACUUUCGCAUCGAUGACAAGUUCUUCUGAGCUGCCGCCUCCCCACAGAACCCCUUUUCCUGUCUGGAAGCGCUGGUGUUUUUCCCUGGUGAUGUUUUCUGUAGAGCGUUGUGAUUUAUACUUUCUGUGAUUUGUCACAUACACACACACACACACACACACACACACACGCACACCAAACGAAGGAAGGCACGGUGGUCUCUGUUACCAUGGUGACAGUGGUCUAUAACUCCAGUGAGCAGGACUGGAACAGGCUGAAGAACUGAGAAUGUGCGCAGAGGGGUCUGAGUGCAGAGGACUGUAAGGGGGUGGCUCAUGUCACUGCUGAACGUGUAAAUGGAAACCGUUUUAUGAGGUGUAUAACAGAGACAAACUUCAGUCCUUUAAAUUAAACCUGGCUCUGUGCCAGGAGGCCAAAUUGCUUUUCAGAAAGUCAGGCGUCUUUGACCAUUCCUGUGUAUAGAUUUUUACUUCUCCACUGUGAUAAGUUGAAUUACUUCUAUCUAGGUACUUUAUAACUGCAUAUAAUAACCUCCUUUUUUUUUUUUCUUUUUUUUUUUUUUUCAAUCAUUGAAAAAUGUAUAGAAUAUUUUCUUUUCAGAAAUUGUUUUGUUUUCUGGAAUGCAGAAUAUGCCAAACCUGCAGGAUUGUGGCUGGUGGAGAAUGAGCUCCAUCCUCAAGUGCAAUUAGUCACGUACACACACAACCAUAACAGGCUAACAGUAAUGUUUACUGCAUAGUAGUUUCAUGGGAAUAUUUCACUGAAUGAAACAUUUGCAUAUUGUUAUUCUUUUCUAGACCUCCAGGACUUUUAUGCAGAACUCGGUACUUGUUCCAAACUGCAAUUACUUUUAUUUAUUAAAGUACAUUGAUGCUUUUUGAUUAUGCAAAUUGGGUUGAAGCUUGACUCCUGUGUAUUCCUCACUCUGAGAGAAGAUCCUGCCUCUAUUGACAUGAAUUGAUUAUACAUCCUUACCAUUACCAUGGAUCAGUCUCACAGCUGGCCUUCAGAAUGGUCCAAUCCCCUAGCAAUCGUCUCUGACCAAUCGCACACCAUCGCUGUCGACGGGGACCAGUCUGACCAACCUCGCCAUACCCAUGGACCAAUCCAACUGCGUCACCUUGAACAUGGACCAAUUCCUCACCCCUUGCCUUCACCAUUGGCCAAUCCUACAGCCUCUUUGCCCUCACCGGCCAAUCCCACAACCACCCCAAACUUUGACACUGACCAGUGACGUAUUGGCAUAUUGAGGCGGAUCUGCUGCUCCCAGCUGAGAAACACAGAUAAUCUGGAUCUCUGGAUCUGUCCUCCUAACCUGGCGAGACCCGUACCAGGUACUGCGGAACUCCAGAGAGAGCGCCGUUGGGAAUUUGUGAUAUGAAAAUAUGAACAGAGCAUGACCCACUUUUAAGAGAGCGCUUUGUAUUGACUUUUGAAGAUUUAUCUAACAAAUACAAUGCAAAAUAGAUAACUAAAUUGAAUGAUUUGACUUAGAGAUUGUACGCUUGAUGCAGACUUGAUUGGACUGUGAUUCAUCACACUUGAAAUGUAGGUAUAACCCCCCAUGUUAAAAGAACAUUCUAUUCUUUGGCCAAAUCAGUGCUGUGAUUCAUAUAAGGGCAACAAACUAGUAUGUAUAUAGUUGUUCAGGAUUGUCCACUGAUGAUGAGGUGUUUCUAAUCUUAUAUUUGCUUGUGUAAAAUAAUUCUGUAUCCCAAA